GGGAGCUGGACUAACGCUGGACUAUUUCUGCAAGUGCACAGGAAAGACCAGACAAAGUGCGUGUGUGACGAGGUAUUGUAGAAGAAGUAGGAAUUGGGAGUGCCAGAACCGCAACGCCCUGGGAUUGGAGCCAGCCGCAGAGCCUCUGGAGUCUAACUCCGCCAAAGAGGCAGGCAAUGCUGAGUUACAGCGCAAGGAGCCUCGGCCGAGGCUGGGCGGAAACCCGGUAUCUUGGCAACUUCGCAGCAGCCACCCUUUGACCUAGGCAGUAUUCUGCCAAAGAUUCCUGAAAUCUAUCCUGGGUCGGGGAGUUGUCUCAGGUACUGGUGCCUCUGAGCCCUGUCCUUGGUCCUGAAACAACGCCACCCCAGCCUCCUGCCGGUCCUCUGCCCGUCUGCUCAGCACUGCGUAGCUACUGCCUUCACCAUCAGAGAUCCAUCUAGUGUUGAUACCGGAUGCAGACUGGGUCCUGAGGGCCGUGACCUGGAGCCCGCUGGAGCCCGCUGGACCCCGAGUAGGGACUUAGUCCCGUGUCUUUAUCUCUUCUGUGUAAUACAGAAAGGGAGCUGACGCAGAGCAAUUAAGAGAGCAGCUAGCCCAACACUGGGAGGGAUCAAAGAGGAGAAACUCUGAGGCCGGGCAUGGACCUGCCCAGAGCUGAACCCUACAAGGGAGGAGCAGGACACCCCGGUUACAACGAGGAACUGCUGCAUAAGACCAUCCUGGUGGGAGAUAGCGGUGUGGGGAAGACAUCUCUACUGGUUCAGUUUGACCAGGGCAAGUUUAUCCCAGGCUCCUUCUCAGCCACCGUGGGCAUCGGAUUCACAGUAAUGCUGUUGGGAGACUCAGGCGUUGGGAAAACCUGUUUCCUGAUCCAUUUCAAAGACGGGGCUUUCCUGUCCGGGACCUUCAUAGCCACUGUCGGCAUAGACUUCCGGAAUAAGGUGGUGACUGUGGAUGGCAUGAAGGUGAAGCUGCAGAUUUGGGACACAGCAGGGCAGGAACGAUUCCGAAGUGUCACCCAUGCCUAUUACCGGGAUGCCCAGGCCCUGCUCCUGCUCUAUGAUAUCACCAACAAAUCUUCCUUCGACAAUAUCCGGGCCUGGCUGACUGAGAUACAUGAGUACGCCCAAAAGGAUGUGGUGAUCAUGUUGCUAGGCAAUAAGGCGGAUGUGAGCAGAGAAAGGGUAGUCCGAUCAGAAGAUGGAGAGACAUUGGCCAGAGAAUAUGGUGUGCCUUUCAUGGAAACCAGUGCUAAGACCGGCAUGAAUGUGGAGUUAGCCUUUUUGGCUAUUGCCAGGGAGCUGAAGUACCGAGCUGGGCGACAAGAGGCAAAUGAGCCCAGCUUCCAGAUUCAUGACUAUGUGGAAUCCCAGAAGAAACAGCCUAGCUGCUGCCCAUUUGUGUAAGAGAAAAGGGGCAGAGGGAGCCUGGGAAAAACCACUGGGCUUAGCGCUUUUCCCCACCUGAACUCUUAAACAUCUUGAGUACUCCAGUGGGGGAAUGAGUUCCCCAACAGAAAACAAGGCACAUAGGGGAGAAGCAUAAGCAAUGCCAAAGAAAUAAGUUGCACAUACACACCAUCCCAUCACUGCUUUCCCCCAGGAGGGACCUAGAUUCCUGCAACAGGCUUACCCCAGGUUGCCCUGCUCCCCUUUUCCCAAUGGUUAUAGUUUCUGAGUUCCUGGGGAAGUGUGGGUCUGUGGACAUUUAAGGACCAAAGACACUUUUAAGCUAAAUUUUGUUCUGGUACCACAAUAGUGAAAACUUUGGAAAAUAGAAAACCUGGUUCCCGCAGAGAAACAGGCAGAGGUCAGGGGCUCAUAAUCUCCUUAUUGCCUUUCAGUUCAGGGCUCCCCCACCCCCCAUCCAAACUUCUCUGGUUAAGCCCCCCAGCUGAGUGACUAGAGAGACUGUGGCUUUGUUCCAGCUCAAUAGGAGAUGCCAGAAAAGGGCAAUUAGUGACCACCAUAGCCCCCACUAGACUUUAGCUCAUGAGAGGCAGCCUUUGUACUUUUGCCUUGCUGGACUUCCCAGGGACCACAAUAACCACUGAAUCACUGUGGUCUGACCCGAAGUGUGAUUCCCAAGCAUCAAAAGUCAAAUGAGUCAAAACCUCAGGAGAAUAUAGAUGUGAAGGUGUAAAUUGGGUUUCAGCUUUGUGUGUGGGUGUGGGCGCCUUGUAGGGAAAGGAAGAAGUAGCACAAGUUCAGCUGGCUUUAUCUACCUUCUUUCCCUGGAUUCCCAUCAAGUUCCCAUUUAAGAAUAAAAUAGCUCAUUCCUGAUGUCCUUCUCCCCCUCUUGAACUCCAGCCCCAGCCACUCAUCUGAGGCACUUGACAAAAGGGAUUCUGGGCUCCCUCAUCACUUAUUUCUGGGCUUCCUUGCAGGCCAGCUUCAAGUUGCCUGAGAGUAAGUAUCCAUGCUGGGGAGUUCCAUCCUAGGCAAGGACUUCAGUGUUAGUGAGCAGCUGAGGGUCAAGUCAAGAAUUUUCUCUUCUUGACCCAAGGCUUUUGGUAAACAUGCAAUCUCAACAUACGGCUUCUUUUUUUUGUUGUUGUUAAUUUUAGUGAGGCAAUUGGGGUUAAGUGACUUGCCCAGGGUCACACAGCUAGUAAGUGUUAAGUGUCUGAGAUUUGAACUCAGGUACUCCUGACUCCAGGGCCGGUGCUCUUAUCCACUGCGCCACCUAGCUGCUCCUCAACAUAUAGCUUCUUAGAGUAGUUUUAACAUUUCUCAGGGUCACACAGUUAGUAAGUGUUUAAGGUCACAUUUGAACUCAGGUCCUCCUGAAACCAUAAAUCAGGGCCAAUGCUUUAAUCCACUGUACCACCUAGCUGCCCCUCCUCCCUCCCUUCCAUCUCUUCCUUCCUUGAGGAUUGGGCCCUAGCUGGCCUUCACCUACAUUGUCAAUCUCCUUACCACAUUCAGGUUAAGGAGAAACUCCAGGUCUUUGACUCAGAUAAAGGAAACAGAAUGAAGCAAACUGAGAGACCUGCCUCUCCCAUUAAAACUGGCCCCAAACCAUCUUCCCUUGCAUUGUUCUAAGCAUCAGGUGCCAAAAAGGUCUGAUGGGGUUCCCCUUCCUCUUUCUACUCACCCUGGUUCAGGAUCCAGAACCCCCACUGGGAAUGAGGCUAGAUCAAUUGGGGCUCAGGAGAUAGGGUUUUUUGUUUUGUUUUCUGAAUAAGUUAUGUAUCGAGCCAGAUCAUCAUGGUUAGGGCCUCUGGAGGGUACCCAAGACAUUGGUUUCCUAAAGUCUUAUCUCACCUACCACAAGACAGGUGGACUCUGUAGGGAUAGGUAUCACAAACCCUUAUGAGAUCUGCCCAUUUACUUUCUUCCAGUUAGUCCAAACUCCUUAUGUCCAACCCUGCUUUCUUGCCUUCAUCCCCACUCCAAUUCAGACCUAAGCAUGAGACAGUCUGGGAAAGAUGGGCAUUAGAGUCUUGUGUGGCUGUCUCAGUUUGGUUUUCAAGUCAGAGAUCAAAAACCUUGGCCUAUGAUAAAGCAGGCCUUCCAGCUUGGUCUCCAAAAGGUAGCUCUAGACUUCUUCCAGCCCCAGCAAGAAAUCUUCUCUAGAGCUCCAGCAAUCUUUUCUAGGGACCCAUGUCUUGCAUGAAUGUGAUGCUUCUUAUUCUGGUUAAUAUUGGCAUUUGUGUGUUUUUCAGAAUUAAACUGCAGUAUUUUGGAGAGUAUACCAAGUCCCACGAAUUCCUUGAAGAGGGUUUGGUGGGAGGCAGUGGGCUCUACCUCUUCCUGCUUAGGUAGAUUGCAUGGGAAAACCCAAAGACCAGGACCAGGCUUUCCCCCCUUUCCCUACGAUUCCUAGAGGCCCCAGCUUGCUGUUGAUAAGGCCAAGGGAACGAGAAUCAUCCAAAGUGAAGCAUUCUUCAGAAAGCCCUAGCAAUUUGGCAUCCUAAAGAUUCCCCAAGAGCACUAUGGGUAAUGUACCUGUAGGGGAAAGUGUGCUUUUUUUUUUUUUUUUUGCCCCAGGACAUUUUUUCCUGUGGAAUCUGCUUUGGGAAUUUUGUCUGAUCUGGAUAAAAGCCAAGCUGUGUUGUGGCUCUACUCUCGAAGUCCCAAUUUCCUCGGGCUGUCACCUUGAUCCUUAACAGGCCCCACUACCUCCUCCCUGCCUCUCCACUCCCCCUUCUCUUUGCCAGAUUGGACGAGAUAUCCCUUCCCCUUUCCCUUUGGAAAAACCACAUUAACCUGCGGACUCCUCUUCCCCGGGAGAAGUGGGGGUGGGUUAUACCUCCCCAAUCCUCCCCCUCUCA